GGCGCCUCCGCCGCAGCCCAGCACUCUGCAGCCAAGCGCACACUGGAGCGCGGCGCGGAGGCGGUGCGGGAGCGUGGGCGCUCAGACGACCGGCAGCAGCGCUCGGGACAUCCUCGGCAGAACCGCGGCGACUGGAGCCCCUCAACCUUGGGCUGGGUCCGCGUCCCAGAGCACCUCCGAGGAGCUAGGACGACUGGAGGCGGAGUGGCGCCUGGCGAGCUAGCGCCCGGCGAGUGGAAGACCAUGGCCAAAAUGGAGGUGAAGACGUCACUUCUGGACAAUAUGAUUGGAGUUGGAGAUAUGGUUCUUUUAGAACCUCUCAAUGAAGAGACCUUCAUCAACAACCUCAAGAAGCGUUUUGAUCAUAAUGAAAUAUAUACAUAUAUUGGAAGUGUGGUUAUAUCUGUUAACCCCUACCGGUCCUUGCCCAUUUAUUCUCCAGAGAAAGUGGAAGAUUACAGAAACAGAAAUUUUUAUGAACUGAGCCCGCACAUCUUCGCCCUGUCAGAUGAAGCAUACAGAUCCCUCCGAGAUCAAGAUAAAGAUCAAUGUAUUCUCAUUACAGGGGAAAGUGGAGCAGGAAAAACAGAGGCCAGCAAGCUUGUCAUGUCCUAUGUGGCUGCUGUUUGUGGAAAAGGAGCAGAAGUUAACCAAGUCAAAGAGCAACUUUUACAGUCCAACCCGGUCCUGGAAGCUUUUGGAAAUGCCAAAACUGUAAGGAAUGACAACUCCUCUAGAUUUGGCAAAUAUAUGGAUAUUGAAUUUGACUUUAAGGGUGAUCCACUGGGAGGAGUGAUAAGUAACUAUCUUUUAGAGAAAUCUCGGGUCGUUAAGCAGCCAAGAGGUGAAAGAAACUUCCAUGUGUUCUAUCAGCUGCUCUCUGGUGCCUCUGAAGAGCUCCUUCAUAAACUUAAGCUUGAGCGGGAUUUCAGCAGAUACAACUACCUGAGUCUGGACUCUGCCAAAGUUAAUGGAGUGGAUGAUGCAGCCAAUUUCAGAACUGUUAGGAAUGCCAUGCAGAUUGUGGGUUUUAUGGAUCAUGAAGCUGAGUCUGUCUUGGAAGUGGUGGCAGCUGUGUUGAAACUAGGGAACAUCGAGUUCAAGCCUGAAUCACGAGUGAAUGGUUUAGAUGAGAGCAAAAUCAAAGAUAAAAAUGAGUUAAAAGAAAUUUGCGAGUUGACUGGCAUUGAUCAGUCUGUUCUGGAACGAGCAUUCAGUUUCCGAACAGUUGAAGCCAAGCAGGAGAAAGUUUCAACCACACUGAAUGUGGCUCAGGCUUAUUAUGCCCGAGAUGCACUGGCUAAAAACCUCUACAGCAGAUUGUUUUCAUGGUUGGUAAAUCGAAUCAACGAAAGCAUUAAGGCACAAACAAAAGUGAGAAAGAAGGUCAUGGGGGUUUUGGACAUUUAUGGCUUUGAAAUUUUUGAGAAUGCAGACAACAGUUUCGAGCAAUUCAUUAUUAAUUAUUGUAAUGAAAAGCUACAGCAAAUCUUCAUUGAACUUACUCUUAAAGAAGAGCAGGAGGAGUACAUACGGGAGGACAUAGAAUGGACUCACAUUGACUACUUCAAUAAUGCUAUCAUUUGUGACCUAAUAGAAAAUAACACAAAUGGAAUCCUGGCCAUGCUGGAUGAAGAGUGCCUGAGGCCCGGCACGGUCACUGAUGAGACCUUCUUAGAAAAGCUGAACCAAGUGUGCGCCACCCAUCAGCACUUUGAGAGCAGGAUGAGCAAGUGCUCCCGGUUCCUCAAUGACACAUCUCUACCGCACAGCUGCUUCAGAAUCCAGCAUUAUGCUGGCAAGGUGCUGUACCAGGUGGAGGGAUUUGUUGACAAAAACAAUGACCUUCUCUAUCGAGACCUGUCCCAAGCCAUGUGGAAGGCCGGCCAUGCCCUCAUCAAGUCUUUGUUCCCUGAAGGGAACCCUGCCAAGAUCAACCUGAAAAGGCCACCAACAGCAGGGUCACAGUUCAAGGCAUCCGUGGCGACGCUGAUGAAAAACCUACAGACCAAGAACCCAAACUAUAUCAGGUGUAUCAAGCCAAAUGAUAAAAAAGCAGCACACAUCUUCAAUGAGAGUCUAGUGUGUCAUCAGAUCAGGUACCUGGGUCUUUUGGAGAAUGUCCGAGUGAGGCGGGCAGGCUAUGCCUUCAGGCAGGCCUAUGAACCUUGCCUAGAAAGAUACAAAAUGCUUUGUAAACAAACAUGGCCUCAUUGGAAAGGACCAGCAAGGUCUGGUGUGGAGGUUCUGUUUAAUGAGUUAGAGAUUCCUGUAGAAGAAUAUUCCUUUGGUAGAUCAAAGAUAUUCAUCCGAAACCCAAGAACAUUAUUCAAAUUAGAAGAUCUGAGGAAGCAGCGGCUGGAAGACUUGGCCACUCUCAUUCAGAAGAUUUAUCGGGGCUGGAAAUGCCGCACACACUUCCUGCUAAUGAAGAAAAGUCAAAUUGUGAUUGCCGCCUGGUACAGGAGAUAUGCGCAACAAAAGAGGUAUCAGCAGAUAAAGAGUUCUGCCUUGGUAAUUCAGUCAUAUAUCCGGGGUUGGAAGGCUCGAAAAAUCCUACGGGAACUGAAACAUCAGAAACGCUGUAAGGAGGCAGCCACAACCAUUGCCGCCUACUGGCAUGGGACGCAGGCGCGAAGGGAACUGAGACGGCUGAAGGAGGAGGCUAGGAAUAAACAUGCUAUUGCAGUUAUUUGGGCUUACUGGCUUGGAUCUAAGGUACGUAGAGAAUACAGGAAGUUCUUCAGAGCUAAUGCUGGAAAGAAAAUCUAUGAGUUUACGCUUCAGAGAAUUGUGCAAAAAUACUUCUUGGAAAUGAAAAAUAAGAUGCCUUCCUUAUCACCAAUAGACAAGAAUUGGCCAUCCAGACCUUAUCUAUUCUUGGAUUCCACUCACAAGGAACUAAAAAGAAUUUUCCACUUGUGGAGGUGUAAAAAAUACAGGGACCAAUUCACAGACCAGCAGAAACUUAUUUAUGAAGAGAAACUAGAAGCCAGUGAGCUCUUCAAGGAUAAGAAGGCUUUAUACCCAUCUAGUGUUGGGCAACCAUUCCAAGGAGCUUACCUGGAAAUCAACAAGAACCCUAAGUACAAGAAACUCAAAGAUUCCAUUGAAGAAAAGAUCAUCAUUGCUGAAGUUGUGAACAAAAUUAACCGUGCUAAUGGGAAGAGUACAUCCCGAAUUUUCCUCUUAACAAAUAAUAAUCUCCUUCUCGCUGAUCAAAAGUCUGGACAAAUCAAGUCAGAGGUUCCCCUGGUGGAUGUGACCAAGGUAUCGAUGAGCUCACAAAAUGACGGCUUCUUUGCUGUCCACCUCAAGGAGGGCUCAGAAGCAGCUAGUAAAGGAGACUUUCUCUUCAGUAGUGACCACCUGAUUGAAAUGGCCACCAAGCUGUAUCGCACAACUCUCAGCCAAACCAAACAGAAGCUCAAUAUUGAAAUUUCUGAUGAGUUCCUGGUACAGUUCAGGCAGGACAAAGUAUGUGUGAAGUUCAUUCAGGGCAGCCAGAAAAAUGGAAGUGUCCCAACAUGCAAACGAAAAAACAACCGUCUCCUUGAAGUUGCUGUCCCCUAACUGCCGCCUCCUCUCUCCGCUUUCGUGGACUCCUUGUAAUAGUGCAAUUUUGUUUUUUGUUUUGUUUUGUUUGGGUUCAUUGUAUGUUUGGGAACUGCCAAAGGCUAACCGUUAGAGUCCCUUGGCAAAAUAAAAGUAUUUGACUAAUCAAUUUUUAUUAUUGGAAUAGUUUAACCCUUCACUACAUAUUCUGUCCUGGGGCAGGAUUGUAGAAACUAACAGUGUCUGUUUCUAAUGUCAUAUGUGUUUUCUCUUUAGUUACCAUGUUAGAUUUGUGUACCCCUAAAUCAGCGUAUUAUUCAUAAAUCAUUAACCCGUGUAAGUGUAGGAAACGGUCUUAAAAGAUAGUACAUUCAUUUAUCAAAUAUUUAUUGAAUGCCCACUCUAUGCUGGGCACUGUGCUAAAUGGUAUAGAAACUUAUUAGGAGUCUUUUUACUUUUAAGGCUAUUGCAUUCUGGCUGGUUUGUGCUGGUUUAACAACAGCUGAGAAGGUUUCACAAGACUGGGACCAAAAUAAUAACUGCUAAUGAUGGACAGCAUUAGUAGGAUCCCUGUAACAGGAUCACAAACAAUACACACUUCAAAAAGGGCUGGUCCUAGAAGAAAUAUAAAUAUGCCUGGGUAAAAUCCCUCUCCAUCUUUUUCUAUUUGAAAAGAAGAAAACUGACAUUUGAACAGGACAUUUUAUUUGUUUGGAUCUCCUGUAAUUACUUUUAACAGUAGAAAACAGAAGCCUUAUUUUAGAAAAAGUGACAGAAGGAGUCUGGUAAGACUGUUUCUGUUUCUGGUGAACAUCAUAUAGGAUCCUAGUAUGUUAAUAUCUGCAGUGUUGUUUUCACUGGAAUUUGAAUAGCUAUUUUCCCAGCUAACACAUGAAGUUAGGCUGAAAGCCUCUUACAGAGUGGCAGACGUUCAGUAUGAUGUGCAAUAAACAUCCGAGAUCUUUUUUGAAAGUUUUAUUUAUAGUAUACAUUUUUGUAUGAAAGAGGUGGUUGGCACAGGGUGCAUAUUCUAGUCAAGGAUCAAAAGUAAGUUGGUGUUAAAUUGCAGGGCUUUUUUUUUUUUUUUCUCUCCUUUCAAAUUUACAAUAAGGAUUCAUUUUGGAAACUACGUUUUUAAACUUUGAAACCAAAUUGCUUCUUAUUUGGGAGGAUAAUGUACAUAUAUCUUGGUAUCAUGUUAAAUAAUAAAAUUGUUCUAAUUUGGUGCCACUUGCUGGAUCACAACUGUAUUUUUGUAUUUCAAACUAUUUUCGUAUGUUGUGUGUCAAAUGUAUUGUCUCAUAGAAUGGCUUUACAAUCCAAACAUUAUGUGUUCUCUGUGCUAAUUGAAUUUCACUAAUCUUUUAUAAACCAGAAACAGUCAUCGAAAAUA